GCAAGCUUUAAAAAAAAAAUGGCGGCAUGUUGUUAAUGUAAUACCUCCGCGGUGCUGUCGGGCAUUUACUUUAAGCUACUCCUGUGGGGUCCUGACGUGGGUCCUGAGUCAACGUGGGAGACGCGAAAAUGUGAAGUUGUGAGGCAACUUGUGUGAAUUUCGUGUCUCUGGGAUUUGUUCAUUUCUGGCCUAAAAAUAAAGGACGAACGUGCGAGCUGCGGCCGAGCUGAUCUUACCAUGAUGCCGGGGGAGAACCAGUCCAAAGCCGUUCGAAUAGCAGCGGACGCGACGGUUGGAAAAUGUCAGAACUGCUGUGUUUUGAACCAGAACCUCAACGAAUAUGUGGCUUCCUUCCUUGCACUGAAACAGAAAAUAAUGGAUUCAGAUCAUUUGCUGAGCAAAUAUCAAGAGAAACACAGUGAGCUUCAGAGAUCGCAAAGUGAAAUAAUCAGACUCCAGGGACAAUUGGAAGAGCUGCAAGUCAAGCACAAUGCAGAUUAUGAGAUGGUGCGAGCAGAGCUGGAGGAAAAGAAGUGCGCUCUCAAUGCCUAUGGGCAGACGCUUGAAGAGAUGGACAAACUGAAGGAGGAAAAUAGCAAAACAGUGACACAGAAUAAGAAACUUGAGGACCAGAUAAAGGAUAUGGAAGCACUAACAGAGAAGCAGACCCUUGAAAAUGCACAGCUGAAGAGGGAGAAAGUCUCACUUGAAGUUGACUUGCAGAAAACACAGGAAUAUAUGAAGACCUCUCAGGCACUGGCAGAACAAGUUGCAAAAUUAAGAGAGGAGAAUGCCAAGACAGUAAUCAUAAAGACCACACUUGAAAAUCAGCUUAGACACCUUGAAGAAUCAUCCCACAAGCAGAGUCACCAAAUAUCCCAACUGAUGAGAGAGAAAGCCCUACUAGAGAGGAACAUGCAUGACCUUCAGGUGAGGUUGCUGCGAUUGGAGCGAGAGAGGAGCAAAGAGUAUAGGAGCUCAUCAACUCAAGCAACUGUGCCUGAGGAGCCUAAAGUGGACAAGGAAAAGGUGCGACUGCUGCUAAAGAAUCUGUGGGACUGUGUGGCACCUCAGCAGCCGCUGUCCGCAAACACAUUGAACUUACCUGAGGCCUGUUCCAAUCAACCUUUCCAGGCAUCUUCAGAGAACAGGCUGCACUCUCAGCAAGUUAAAUGUGACUGGUCCCAUUCUGCUUCUCAGAGAUUCCAUGAAUCUCAGUAUAACCCUAAUCAAUCAAAAGAGACUCUUCCAACACUUCCAAUGUCUACUGCACGUGUGCACAAAGCCAUUGAGGUCCAAGCAUCUCUACAGUGCACCAGUGACAUGAGGCAAACAGACUCUACCAACAAGCAGUGGAAGGCAUGCGUUAUGGAGGACUCAUCUACUGUCUUGGAUAUUGAUUUAGAUAUUAAGGAGAUACUGAUGAUGUUUAAGCCGUUGCCUCCCUGCCUGUCCCCAGUGCCUGAUUUGUGCAUAGAGGUGGACUCAUUGGAGAAAGAGGAUAUGGAGACAGAAAGCCAACUCAAACACACUAAUGAAUCAACCUCCAUACUCCCAACAUCCAAGUCAAGCCAUGAUCCUGAUUCCUGUAGACUAGCAGCAGAUCAAACUGUGGACUUGGCAGUGGGCAGAACACAGAAUAUGGAAGAUAUUUCCAGUGAAGAUAAUUCUGAGCACUUUAGGCACCAUGAGUCAACUGGCAUUAGUGAAAUGAAGCCCAAAAGAGACAGUGCAGACACUGCAGAAAUAACUAAUGUUGAAGACACAGGAACUGAGCAAGUCCCCAAAACUGCGCAGUUACCAUUAUCAUCAAAAUCGUCAUCUGCAUCAGACAGAACACUUUUGGUUGAGGUAGCAUCAAUAGCCACUGAAAGUGAAGGGCCACAGUGCACUUCAGAUCCCACCAGCAGUCUGUCUGUGAACACGUGCAUCUUAAAAACUCCACUUUUUCACACUGAAGAUAGUGGAGGAGUAUCAGUGGAGCAUACUCAAGGAGAGGCAGGGGAAGAUGAAUCAGCAGGUAUUUCAAAGAUGGAUGUAGUGGCAAACACUUGUGAUGCCACUGCUGCUGGAGUAAUGACCAGUAUUGGUGGAGAAUCACAAAGACAAAAGAAUAAUGAUGUAGCCUCUGAAGCAGUACCAGAUACAUUGUCAGUUAUUUCCACAACAUCCACUGGCUUCAUUCAAGAUAGUGAGGUUACAAAUGGAAAACAUGCAGCAGUAGGAGAAACUUGUCAAGAUUCAAGCGAUUUGGGACUGGGCAGUCAGGACACAAUGGAGAUGGUCUGUAGGUCUCAGGAAACUGAAGUCAAAGAGACUCUUGGAGAGGACACAGACGUUCUUGAAGAUCAGCCUUGGUUGUCUGGGGUAGCAGUGAGAAACAGUGUCAGUGGUGUCUCAGCUAAAAAACUUAAAGAGAGAGAUGGAGAUGAUGCCACUACGAAAUGUCAUGGGGAAGCUCUUGAAGCAGAAUCAGAAGAGAAGCCAGCUUCCUCAGUGGAGUCAAACAAUGAUAAAGCAUCUGGAAAGCUGUCACUUCAUAAGUCUGUAGUGUUCAAGAUGGUGGAUAAAGGAGAGACCCUCACUGACCAGGAAUCUGGUAAUGCAAAUCAUGCAUCCACAAAUGACUUUUACACAAAGACAUUGGACAAUGCUGCCAUAGCUGAACAUAGUGGCAAUGGAAUUUCUCUCUGUGAGUCUCAGGAGAUAAUUCAGACUGCUGGCUGUGAAUCAAUGGAGAGAAGUGUGCAUCCUUUGAGUUCUGCAUCUCUGUUACCCACUGUAAAACAAGAACCUUCUAAACUUCUCAUACAGCCAGAAAAGGGUAAUAUUGAUGUCUCUCUGACUAAAAGCAAACAACUAACAACCAACGUAAAAACUCUUGAGCCUGUAACCAAGUCAGUAGAUGAAAGUGCUGAAGGAAAAGAUGUUCUCAUAGAUCCUCGCAAGGCCAGACUAAAUUCAGGUGACAAGAAAGUUUCGACUGACACCAGACUUGACUUGUUGGCUUGUUCUCACCCCAUUGUUAGCCCGACUGACCCACUGAAGCAAGGAGCUGCUACUACAAAUGGACCAAUUAAAUCUGGUUAUUCAUGUGAAGAACUCAGUCCACAUAUGACAAGAGAAAAGGUCUCCCUGAGAAGCUCAGCAGCAGGUUUACCUGCAGCAACUGUAGCUCAACAACCGUUAAUAGGCCAAGUUCGCUCUGAAAUGGGCCCUCCACUUCCUCCUCUCCUAGCCCCUCUGAGCGCCACACCUCCAAAGGUUCACAAACCAGUCAAUCCAAGGCAGGCUAUAGAGAAACUCUCCUUUCCCUCACCAAUGGAUAGAUUGGCUUCUCCAACCACCACUCCAGUUCAGGCCCACAUGACAUGCCACACUCAGAAACAGAAUUCCCCAUCGCAAAGAAGUCCCCUCCCUCCAAGUGGAGUUCCUUCAUCACCACUUCAGUUUGGCUCUGCUACUCCCAAGCAUGCUGUGCCAGUUCCAGGUCGCCUUCCUUUGUCCGCUUUGAAUUCCUCUUCUUCUUCCUCUAGUCCAUCUCAGGAAAACUCCAUGAGGAUGCUUGACACCAUGUAUCCAGAACUCUCUGCUCGUGCCCGAACUCUAAGCAUUCUCAGGGGAAAUGUUGGAACUACACCUACAACAACUGUAGGUCAGAUAUCUGGCUUUAAAACCAUCACCUCCUCUUCAACCGCUUUCACCAAGACUGAGCUGAGAGGAGACAAAACUGAGCAGAAAGGAGAGAAGAGACCUGCUAUUGGUUUGCCCCAACCCAAAAACAACAAAUGGCUUAGGCUAGACAGCUCCUCCAGUAGUCACAUGCACAAGGUAUUGCCUUCCUCCACCACAGCCAGUGCAGACGAAAGUACCUCAGUACAGUCUUCAAGUCCUGAAGGGUUUAAAAAUGAAAUGGCCUCUCAAUCUGUGGAACCUGCAGAGAAAACUGUAAUAGCUAAGUCUUUGGAGAAAAUCCAAAAACAGUGCUUCGAUCUAUUGCCUGUGAUCAAGAGUCAUCUGUAUGUUGGGAACCUGUCCAAAAAGCCCGUCCUGAGAGACGAGGAGAAGGAGGUCAUUUCCAAGAUCUGUCAAAGCAGUUCGGAUAUUGCAGAUGAUAUGAUUUUAGCCAUCUUGAGUGAGCUGAAGACACAGAGAGGAGCUCUGAGUGGAAAUUACAUGCAGGCCCUGUGUCGGGUCCACACGGGGAUCUGCAGACAGAAGAAUGACUGGGAGAAGGCUCAUAUCCUGGCCUACAGUAUCCUCAGAGAAGAUCUACCAGAUCCGGCUAAGCUGAUUCUGUUUAUGGUGACAACAUGGCCCAAAAUCCUCUCACAUGGUGGUGGUCUGUGUCAGGCCAUACAGACUGUCACCAGGCUGAAAGCACAAGGAGAAGUCCUCAACUGCCUUGCCAGAUACCUUGGCUGGGAAAAGAACCCUCCCUGUGAUAUUGACCAGUUGAUCUUCAGUACAGUGUCUGAGAUCCGGGCCGGGUCAGGCUUGUCUUUCACCAAACAUAGUCGGUACGGUGAUGACCUGGGGACGAAGGCUUGGGAGCUUGUGUUCACACUGGAGCUCCUUUGCACACACAAGACAUGGAGUUGGACAUAUGAAAAUCUAUUGGGCAAAGAGUUGUGGCCACUGAUGAACACCUGGGUGUCACAGGGCAGAGACCAGCAAACACCCAUCUCUCAUGUGACUGUGGCCACUGUCCUCAGACUCAUUGGGCGCCUCAGUCAACGGGGAAUCAAGCAGAGGUGUGGUUCCUCUGUGGUCACUGUCGCCAAUAUCAUGAAUACAUUUGGUAGACAUGGACAUGCUGAAGGUGUGCCAUGGGAGGUCCAGUUAGCAGCCAUCUACUGCAUCUAUGACCUGUCUCCCUGCAACCCCAAGCAAGCCCUGGAUGCUAUAGCAGGGUGGAGAGGAGAAACAACUGGGAUGGUCCCUCUCGCCAUCACCAGCUGCAUUAACCAGAUAGCCUGUGUCUGCAGACAGGUCAAGAGCUGAGAGAGAGGGAGACAUAGAUAUGCACAUAGACAUCCAUAUCACCUCAUUCUGUACCUAUUCUGGUGUCAGAUUAAUCUGUGAUAGUCAUGUUUAACAAGAGGGUGAGGUUUGAGAACAUUACACAUAAUUAUAGGUUGAGUUGCAUACUAUAUUUUUACUACCAGGUAUCUGCAGGUCCAUAGCAAGUCUUGAGAAGCAUUGGGUGUCUUGAAUGUAGUUUAACCCUUUGAAACCUGGAUCAUCAUCAGACUUCUUGUGUUUAAAUGUGUUCUGACACCCUUUCACAAGCAUCUGACCCAUUGAAACCUAAGUAAAUACACUUGAUUUUUUUUUUUUUCCCCCAAAAAAACCUGCAAAACGGUGAUGAGCAACUUGGCAAGAUAUGACUUGAAAAAUUAGUCACAAAAGACUUAAAAAUGAUUAAAAUUAUAUUACAUGGGAAAUUACUCUAAAACAAAUGUAAAAACAAAAAAAGAAAAACAAAUACCUGAACACAAAAUUACUAAAAAUAUUGUUAAAAAUAUUACAAUGUCGUGUAGUUAUAUUAUAAUAACUAAUUAAAAUGUAGCCAAAAAAGCCUAACAUUUCCUCUUAAAAAUGAAAAAUAAAAAGAAAUGAUGUGAAUUUGUUCAGAGUGUGAAAUAAAACGUCGGAAAAUAGAAGUCCCUGCUACCCUCCAGUUUCUGGGUUUCAAAAAAGUGUAGCCUUUAGGCCAUCAGCACUGUUUGACAUCAGAAUGAGGCCUUUUUCUUUGUGCAGUUCUUCAUUAGUGACAACGAACAUCAUAUAAAUCUGUAUUCCUUUACUGUUAGUGUUUGAUGUCUCUAUGUAUGUGAUCUUCAAAGACAAUAACUUCAGCUUGCUGCAGCCUGUAGGCACCCUGUCACAAAUGCACUGAUAAGUUACCAUCUGUCUCUCAGGUAAUACUCUAAACUGCUCUCCAAGCACGUUGACAUUGGUUCUGACUCUUUAUCUGUGGUGCUACUAUUGUACAUUUGUUUUGUAAAUCAUUGUAAAUAUAAAAUGUUAAUUUUUGUAACAGUGAGACAAGUUUGCCUUUGGUUGUUUUGUAUAGUCAAACCAUAACUUCAGAAGGUUAUUUUUUCACAUUAAAGUUUUAAAACCAAACUAUA